AUGGCAACCGCGUUGAUGUGGAUGAUAUGGAUGAUAUUAAAUGAUGGUGCUGUCGCUUGGACUUACGCUGACAACGACGAUGACGAUGACGAUGUCAAUGUCAAUGUCAAUGUCAAUGUCAAUGACAAUGUCAAUGUCAAUGACUAUGACACUUAUGCCGAUGAUCGAGGCGAUGACGAUGACGAUUAUGAUGGAUGGUGUAUGAUUUCACAGCGGCAGCUGAUCGGGUUGGCGCUGGGUGUGUUGGUGCUAUGGAACUUUCUACUGUUCCCUGCCUUUCAUGGCGCUUCCGAAGAGCCGCAUGACGAUACAGUGCUGAGCGACUGGGGUGAGAGCGAAGAAAGCAGGAUGACGUAUGACAGCUUUGGCUUUGAGUGGGCGCCGGUGCUGGACAGGAACGUGAUUCGGUGCGAGAACCUCGAGAAGCUGUCGGAGUGGAAGGGAGAGGUACUGAAACGAGAGGCAGAGGACGAGGCUCGGUGGAAGGGGCUGGACUGUGAGGGGCGGUUGAGAAGGCAGCACGUGGAGGCUGUUCCUCUGAGAAGAAGUAAGUUUGGCAAGGUCUGCACGAAGUUGAGAGCUCAGUUGAAUACCUCGGAUGUUAGUCAAGAGAGCAUGGAGGAAUCCCUGCCCCCAUCGCUGGCUGGGACUUGGAGGAGCUGGCAGUGCUCCUGCUACUUUGAUCGCAAAUGCCACCGGGAGAUCGUGAAGAGGAGAGUACCUGCGAUCCACUCGUCCAUGACAGCCAAGGGGAUAGCGGCCAGCGUGCAGGGAAGGAGGAGGAGGGAGAGGCUACAGCCGAGCGGGAAGAAACAAGUUGUGGCAACUGUGUUGGGAUCGACGUCGAUCAACGUGAAGUUCCGGACCUUGGAGGAUAACCCUCUGUUCACUAAGUUGCUGCCCUCCCUGAGGAGGACUAUGGAUGGGGAGUUCGAGUAUUGGGUGCUGGUAGGCUACGACACGGGAGACCUUUUCUACGACGAUGAGCGGACGUUGACUUCUCUCAAGAAGUGGUUCAGGAGGAACGUCGAGGCUCCGAGCAAGGAGAAAGGGAUUGACUGCAAGUUGAUCUUUCUCAACUUCACCAACGUCCUCCGCAAGCCAGGCCCUGUCUUCAACUUUGUGGCUGCCUCAGCAGUGUCGGACGGGGCUGACUUUCUGUUCCGAGUCAAUGACGACACCGAGAUCGCGAGCUGGGGGUGGGCGAGCAAGAUGAGCUCGACGUUAGCUGGGAUGUCUCCGUCGCUGCUCGGGGUAGUGGGGCCGUCAGGACGGGGCGACUCUUCCUCGGAGCACCGGUACAUGCUUACCCACGACUUCGUGCACCGGACGCACAUGCGGAUCUUCGAGACGUACUACCCGCCCGUGCUGAGCGACUGGUGGAUGGACGACUGGAUCUCGCGGGUGUACGGGAGGAGCAGGACGCGGAAGCUGGGGGACGUUUUGGUGGUACAUCACACAGAAGUCGUCGCGAGUUUCCAUGGGACCGAUGCGGGGGACCCAGUGAGGUACGCGGUUGACUGGGCGCACAAGAAGUACCUGGAGCAUGAAGUGCACAAGGGGAGCAGGAGGAUCAAGGAGUUUGUGCGAGGAGAGUGCGAGGGAGGAGAGUGCCCCGAGAAGAGCGAGAGGAGGGUGAAGCGAGGAGGCAACCGACAGGACGCAGGCACAGACAUUGAGGACGAGAACACGUGGAGCAGAGGGACAGCAGAAGAUGAUGACGCGCUGCUGUCGAGAAACCUGACGGACUUGGACGAGAGACUCUACGGCAACACGGAGAAAAGGAUGAGCAUGGAGCCAAUAUGA